AUGUACAUUCACCCUCUAAAGCACGACUUGUUCGUGUCUGUGAGUCUCAACCACACUGGGAUAUGGGACAAGGACGGGCUGGGGCUGGUGUUUGAGCAACUGAAAUCUGAUCCAGACAUGGGACUCCUAGAUAUAGGAGCACAACUGGGGACCUUCACCUUGACCGCAGCGUUGAUGGGUCACAAGGUCGUAGCGGUGGACCCUCUUGUGGACAACGUGGUCAGAUUGUGUCGGUCCGUACAGAUGAACGGACUUGUGGACUACGUCACUGUAGUUUUCGGUGCCUUGUCUGACGCCCACAAGAACAUGGAGAUUAAAAGACGAAGAGGCAACAUUGGCGGAACUUACGUUGAAGAAACCAAUUCAAGGCGUUCCAAAGAGAAGUACCCUCGCCAUUCCAUAGAAGCGGUUCUUAUGGACGAUUUGCUUUCUGUUGUUGACUUCCAGAGUGUGUUUAUAAAGCUUGAUGUUGAAACGCACGAGUAUUUUGUGCUCCGUGGCGGAAAACAUCUCUUCGAUACACUGGAUGUAAAAGGGGUGCUCAUGGAAUGGGAUUUCUUCAGGACGGGCCAGUUCGGUCAGGAGAUCAUAGACUUUCUCACCAAGCAACACUUUGUGCCCUUCUCCGUCGCCUGGAAAGACCACCAGCUGGAUCCACGAUACCACAGUAGCUGGCCUUUUGAUGUAUUUUGGAAAAAAGUAUAG